GUUUCGGCCUCAGGUGCCACAGUUGCAAAGCAAAACGCACUGUGUCGCUCGCUUGCCUACCACUUCUUGCGUUGAUGGUCUCCUUGAUCCCUCGAGCUCCCUGUUUUGCUUCCUUCCUCAAACCCACCGCUCACGCUUCUCCCUGCUCGCUGCGGCUGCCAGCCAUGUCGUCCUCCGCCACCGGCCCCGUGGCCUCGGCGGCAGCGGAAGCAUCCCGGCCAAGGAAGAUGCCGGUACUGCUGUUCGAUAUCAUGGACACCGUCGUCCUGGACCCCUUCUACCACCACAUCCCCGCCUUCUUCCAAAUGUCCAUGAAAGAACUCCUAGAAAGCAAGCAUCCAACAGCAUGGUCCGAAUUUGAGAUGGGACUGAUUGAUGAGAGCGAGCUGGCUAGAAAAUUCUUCAAUGAUGGCAGACCAUUUGAUUUGGAAGGUCUGAAAAAAUGCAUGGUGAAAGCAUAUGAGUACAUUGACGGCGUUGAAGACAUUCUUUGCAGUUUAAAGAAAAAUAACUAUGAAGUGCAUGCCUUUACAAAUUAUCCAGUGUGGUACCAGUUGAUUGAGGAGAAGUUAAAGCUCUCGAACUAUUUGUCGUGGACAUUUUGUUCUUGUCACAUUGGAAAACGCAAGCCUUCAACUGAUUUUUAUCUUGGUGCUGUGGAUCAUCUCAAUAUUGAUCCAGGAAACUGCAUUUUCAUUGAUGACAGGAUGGUAAACGUUGAAGCAGCCCUUAGUGUAGGAAUGGCCGGUUUGCAUUUUAAAAAUGCUGAGGUCCUAAAGAAUGAAUUGUGCGCAUUGGGAGUUGAAUUAGCACCUCUUGUGCUUCAAGGUGAAACUGAAGUACAAUAAAAUUGCUUCCUGUUUCAUCUUGUACCCAUGAUAACACAGUUCAUGCGUAUAAAUGACCUUUUUUCUCCUUUUGAACUGUGUUAAAGACUUGCUGUGCUGUUAUUGUCAUAUUUGUGUUUUAUCCAAAUACUUAAUAUGUUAAUUGUA